AUGGACCGACGUGACUUCCCACCCUCCGCUGAGCCGUUGGGGAAGAAGGGAGUGUCGGAGGAGAAGCCUCUGAGCGUCAGGAAGAGGGAGACCCAGGUGUAUGUUGGCAACCUUCCUCUGGACAUCUCUGAGGACGAAAUUCGGCACCUUCUGAAGGACUUCAACCCUCUCCGUGUCCACAGGAUCCAGAGCGGCUGCAAAUGCUUCGCAUUUGUGGACCUGGGCUCCGUGCAGAGAGUGGCGCUUGCCAUCCAGAAGCUGAAUGGGACGCUCUUCCACAAUCGAAAACUGUAUGUGAAUUCUAACAGGAGCGCUCCCAAGAGGACCCCUGCCGUGGCCCAGAGGCCCCAGGAGCUGCAGGUUUUGGAGAGGGCUUCUGGUCGAGGAUUUGCCAAAAUCACCGCUUAUCUACAGAUCACCCCUAAAGCUCCCGGUAACCCCCAAGAGACAGCGAGACCGAGGACACCCUUAUUUGCAGUCCCCAUGGAAAUGAGAGGCUCCUUCCUGGUGCUGCUCCUGAGGGAAUGCUUCCGCGACCUGAGCUGGCUGGCCACCCUCUGCCACGCGGGCGGGGACGCGGGGCUGCUGGUGACCAGCAUUGUCCCUCAGACCCCGUUCUUCUGGGCCAUGCGCAUCACGGAGACCCUGCACCAGAACAUGCAGGCGCUGUUCAGCACCCUGGCCGAGGCGGAGGCGCAGCAGCCCUACCUGCAGGACGCCGCCGUGCGGCGCGGGACCCGCUGUCUGGCCGAGUACCACCUGGGCGCGUACGGGCGGGCCUGGAACAGGUGCUGGGUAGUGGACCGGGUGGAUGCCUGGGCUGUGGUCUGGUUCAUCGACUUCGGCCAGUCGGCCACCGUCCCGGUACAGUGCCUGCGCAGCCUGGAUGGUGAUGACUUCUGGACCAUCCCCCCGCUGACUCAGCCUUUCAUGCUGGAGAAAGGCAUUUUGAGUUCCUAUCAGCUGACCCAUCACAUCCUCAAGGGGAAAAUCACUGGGGCUUUGAACUUGGAGCCACACAUCCUGAAGUUUGAAGAGUUAAGAUAAUGUGGCUAGCAGCAGCGCCCUCCCCCUCCCCCUGCCUGCCCUGACCUGUCCCCUUCCACUCGUAAGGCCUUGGGAGUGAGAAAGGCCACACUGGUGCCCAGGAUUGAUUUGAUUUGCAUUUGCCUUUACCCUCAGCUCCUCUCAGAACUGAGUCUCAAUUUGUCAGGUGUUCAGGACUCAGCAUGAACAUUUGGACCAAACAUAGGAAGCUUACAUGGGAAGCUUCAGGUGGCCAUGUAUUUAUUUUCUCUUUUUUUUGUGUGUGUCCCCAGAGCAUGAUAUAAAUUGCUCUAACAGAUUCUGGAGAAUGGAAGGGCCCACUGCUUAAUUUUCCUGGGAUUCCAUUGUAGAACCAGGGGGCGGGGGAACCUUUAACCAGUGAGCCAUCACUAUGGUGAAUAAAUGU